AGCACAAUACAGGCCAUUACAUUUUGAUAUCAGGUCAUGAUAUUCCAAAUUGCAUGUUUUUCAUAGUUAUUCUAUGAUUAAUUCUGUUUGAUCGGCGUUAGUUGUUAGAUUUCAGCCGUUAUCCCUCAUCUUUUUCAUUUGUCAACCAUUUGAAAAGUGGGGAUUAAUGUCUCGCCAACGGUUUAACAUCUGUGAGUCUGACUGGCUUGGUGAUUGCGGAAGCUAACCGGUAACCUGAGUAGUAUUUAUGUAGUAAACAUAAAUUGUAAUCAUAUUUCUGCUACUGCUGAUAAAUUAAAAACAGGAAAUAGUAGUUUUCAUAUUAAAAAUAACAAUUAUCAAGUCGUGCGAAUCGGUACAACAAAUUGAAGAUAAUUGUAUACAAAAUGUGUUUUUAAUUUACAAACAACAAAUAUGUGUGAUUUACUAUCAUUUAAUUACCUUAUUAAAUAAUUGUGUUUCCAUCAACCAUGCUUUAAGUGCAAAUUGUAAAUUAUAAGUUUCAAGGUUUGGAAUUUUAUUCUUCUACAUAUCAACAGAUCAAUAAGAACCAUGAGUGAUGAACCAUCUAAAAGUACUUUCAAAUGGAGGCAGCCAUCUGAAGUCAUGCAACUGCAAAAGCUAAAACAAAAGAAAAAGGCUCUACAAGCUCGAAUAAACUCAACUGCUACACAAUCAUCUAACACAAAGUCAACUUUCAACAACAUUCUAUCUUCUGUGAAGAGAAAAAAUCCUUUUAUUAAAUCAGGCGAGGCAAAACGCUCGAAAUGUGAAGCUGUAGAACCAGAACCUGUAGAAAUUUCAUCUGACAAUACAUUAUUCCAACUGCUACACUUAGGAACCCCAAGCAAUUCAGAAACAAACAAGGAAAAUCUUGUAACAUCAUUCAGUAAUGUAUUCAAACAAAUUGAAGAACCAAUACAGGUGAAAUCCACUGGUGAGAAGUGGAUUCCUAUUGAUUGGAGCCUUAAAAGGAAGGUGAGAUUCCUAGCAAAUAAACCUUUUGGCUGGAGUCAGAAAUUGAAAAUCAGUGAAGAAGCAUCAGGAGUGACUAGUUUUACUAGAUGUUUGGAUACUAGCACCAGCACAACAUUAGACACAUCUUCAAAUUCAAAGUUCCAUCAGUGUUGUAUGUAUUGGCAGCAACCAUCAAUUCCUUGGAUUAAUUUAUUUCCGCGUUCUAAUACAAAAGCCACGCAGUCAACGAUUCCUCUAACCGCUGCCAUUAAAGAAAGCAUGCAAAAUGCCUGGAUGGACAGUUUACGGUCGUUGUUUCAUUUGAUUAGGACCAGACAAUGUCCCUAUUUCUAUGCGUGCGCAAAUUCUUUCACUGUGUUAUUUCGUGCUGCUGGUAUUGGAGGGUUUAGCGAAAUUCAUGCGAUGGUUGCGCCUACAACAAGAGGAUUUCGUGCUGCAUUGCGGCAGGAAGAAAUAGAGUUUACAAUGCCAUUGAUGGAAAUGGAGUUGAAAAAGAAACCAGAAAUGAAACAAGAGGAGGAUGAAGAACAAGCUGAUGAGAAGUGGUUACAAAGUAUGGGGAUCAAUAAGGAGGAUAUUAAACAAAUCAAUUAUACUCAGGAAAAAAUCACUCAAAAAGCCGAAUGUGAAAUCGACAACAGCGAUUUAAGUUUAAUUCUCAUCCAAGGUGUCGAAGUGCAAGGUUUUUACAGUUUUCUAGUACACUGUAAAAGUGCCGUGUCGCCUACAGGAUUAUUUGCUGGCAUUCCACCGACAUUAUUAGCACCUGUUGCUUUUCACGGCGCAGCACUUACGCCGUUACAAGUGCGCGAGAGUAAGGUACACGUUGACAACGAAGAUUUUUACUCGUUGGAUAUCACAGGUCCUAUUCUGCCUCAUUCUAUUCAUAAUUUAUGCGCGUUACACUCGAAAGAAAAUUCGAUGACUGCAACCUUCAGUACUUUGGACGACACAGUGUCGUUUAGUAGAAUUAACACCGAAAAUGCUAAAUUAGAAACCGCAGACGAUACAAAAGAUCACCCAACACCAAAUCCGACUGGAAUGGGAAUUUUCAACGAGGAGAAUCUACGAGAUUGUGGCUUAGUACCGCAGGUCCUCAAACAUUUCUGUUCAGCAGAUACAAAAAUAGUUAAUCACGUCGAGUGCUUAAAGUACACGGCGGAAACCAAUAGUUAUGCAUGGACAUAACAAUUGUAGGUAAUAUUAUAGUUAGAUAAAUUAUUUUUAUAAAUUAAAUAGGUAAAUAAUAAACAAGUGAAAAAAGAUACUUAAUCUAUGAUUUAUUAAGUAAUAUAAUCAAAAAUUAAGUGACUUAAAUGUAUAAAUUAUUAGGUGGUAAUGUUUCUUUAAGUUUAUAGAUCUUUCCAUGUGAAUCAUAGCCAACUUGCUUUAACAAGUCAAUAAAAGGCUGUGAAUUAACUGAAUCAAUUGGUGCAUAAUCAAUGUAUCCAAUGAAUAAACUGCAUUUCUUGUCAUCAAAA